UUAAUUAAUUAAUUUUAAAAAAUCACUAGAUAUCAGGGGUUUAUUUUUUGUUAGUUUGUUUGUUUUGUUAUUUAUUUCUUCCUGUGCAAUGUGGAGGCGCGCGCUUCUCCUGCUCUCCUGUUGCGCCUGGCUCGCGCGCGCGCAGUUCCCGCGCGAGUGCACGAGCGUGGAGGCUCUGCGCAGCGCGCGCUGCUGUCCGUCGCCGCUGGGCCGCGCGAACGACCCGUGCGGCGCGAGCCUCGGCCGCGGCCAGUGCGCGCCGGUGCAGGCGGACGCGCGCGCCCACGGGCCGCAGUACCCGCACGUGGGCCGGGACGACCGCGAGCGCUGGCCGCUUCGCUUCUUCGCCAGCGCGUGCCGCUGCACCGGAAACUUCUACGGCUUCAACUGCGGCCGCUGCAGGCACGGGUGGACCGGGAGCAACUGCGACACGCGCGUGCCAGUCGUCAGAAGAAACAUCCAAUCUCUGAGCACGGCUGAGAGGCGUUCCUUUGUGAAUGCUCUGGACCAGGCCAAGAGGACUGUGCACCCAGACCUGGUCAUCGCCACACGCCGUUAUGAGGAACUGUUCAGCCCUGACGGUAACACCACUUUGUUCGAAAACAUCACCAUCUACAACUACUUUGUGUGGUCACAUUACUACUCUGUGAGUAAGACGUAUCUUGGAGGCGGACAGCCCAGCUUCGGGGGUGUGGACUUCUCUCACGAGGGUCCUGGGUUCGUUACGUGGCACCGGUACCACCUCCUGCAGCUCGAACGUGACAUGCAGGACAUGUUGGGAGACCCGACAUUCGCUCUUCCGUAUUGGAACUUUGCCAUCGGAGGAAACCAGUGUGACAUCUGCACUGAUGAUCUGAUGGGCGCGAGGAGCAGCUUUGAUGAAAAUGGCAUCAGCUCCAAUUCCGUCUUCUCCCAGUGGCGCGUCGUGUGUGAGAGCCUGGAGGACUAUGACACGCUGGGCACCAUCUGCAACAAUACCGAGAGCAGCUUCAUCAGAAGGAACCCAGCCGGCAACGUGGCCCGACCCAUGGUCCAAAAGCUUCCAGAGCCUCAGGACAUAGAUGCCUGCUUGCAAGUGACCACAUUCGACACCCCUCCCUUUUACUCCACUUCAUCGGAAAGUUUCAGAAACACCGUCGAGGGCUACAGCGCGCCCGAGGGUACCUAUGACCCUGUGGUGCGAAGUCUGCACAAUUUGGCUCACCUGUUCCUGAAUGGUACCGGUGGACAAACACACCUGUCCCCUAACGACCCCAUCUUCGUCCUGCUCCACACAUUCACCGACGCCAUUUUUGACGAGUGGCUUCGGAGACAUCCAGACUCUGCCGACUACCCAGUUGAAAACGCUCCCAUCGGCCAUAACAGAGACUACAACAUGGUCCCAUUCUGGCCUCCUGUCACCAAUGCCGAAAUGUUCCUGACUGCUCCAGAGAACCUGGGUUACUCCUACGAGGCCACCUGGCCCGCUCGUCCUAUCACUCUGACCGAGAUCAUCACCAUCGCCGUGAUAGCAGCGCUCAUCCUCGUGGCCGUCAUCUUCGCCGUCACGACGUGUGCAGUGCGCGCCCGGGGCCGUAACUCUGAGGGCCGGCAGCAUCUGCUCGGGGAACAGUACCAACGCUAUGACGAUCAUGACGCACACAGCAACAAGACCCAGUCCGUGGUUUAAGAACGUACAAAUUACAACUUUUGGCCUCUUUUGUAUAAUCCCAGUCGUAGAUAGACGAUUAGAUUUUGUAUGUGUUUUAAACAAAACCAGAAGUGCCUCAAGUUAUAUUUACCCAAAGUCUGCGUGGAUGACUAUACUGAAAGAUUAAAGGCGCAAAAACUGAAAUGACGGUGCUAACAUUACUUCAGCGAUUGUUCACUGUAAAUGUAAUGUAAUUCUUUUUAUUUUGUCAUUUUAAUGAACAAGAAGGAUUGUAGUUUGGUCCUGGAAAUAAACAAAGAUAAUUAAAAAAAAAUCUUUUACCAGUUAAAAAUUUUGCAGUUCAAUUUUGUAAUGCUCUACUGCUGCCACUAGAUGGCAGUUUUAUACAGGAAAAAGUAUCAGGGUGGAACCUGCAUUCAAAACCACACCUAAUAACCUACCUCUGGUACACUCAAGUAGUGUUUCUCAACCUAGUUAUAAUAUAAUAACCAAAUAUUUAUUAUAUUAAUCCUGCUCUAGCUUCAGUGUUACUUGACCUAAAGUUCCAUUUUUGCUUUAUUCAUUUCUUUCUGUAUAAUGAAGUGUGAAAUAUCUUAAUA